UACAAUACAACCUAAGUCUGUAAUACUUAUUACUAUGUUUCCUUUUGCAUUGAAACAUAAGAACCAGUGAAAGAAGCCAGUAUUGGGAACUUUCUGGGAUUCUGCCACAUCAUCUAAGAGCUGCAUUUAUGUGGUACUGCCACAAUGACUCUUGAAGCAUCAAAAAUGGAUACUGAGAAAAUCUUUGCUGUACAUGCUAUGCUCCAUUUGAUUUUUCACCGCAACAAAAACCAACAUGGAACCUCAAAAUGGUGGAAAUGGCUAUCUAUCCUGAAACGCACUACAUUCAACCUUGCGAAGUCUCUUGAAAUUGAACCAUCGCUAUAUACCGAAGCUAAGUCUUCUCUGGAUGUACACAAACAGUACCUCGCGGUGUAUAUCAUGCCAAAAUGUUACCUGGCAUUUUCGACCGUUAUAGCAGAUGGGCAGUUUUCUACACUUGGCACCGUACUGCUAGCUGCGCUGGCUCGUCUCGCAAAAGCUACAGGAAUUGAUCGGGAUCUAAAAAUGCUGUCUCGGAUAAAGGUUGCUAGCGAGCUUUCACCCAACCCCAGAGCCCCCCAGGAGGAUGUAGGAGAACUCAUUUGUCGAUCCGAAAGUGCUCCAGUGCCCUCGGGUUCUUCCGCAGCACAUGGUCCAGCUGGAUUACGUACUCAAAAAAAGGUCACGAAAGAGUCAAAGAGCACGCUGGACUGGGGAUUCAAGGCGCAUAAGAAGAAGAAAAAGAGGCAAAACGCGAUUGAUGAUCUUUUUGCUGGUCUAUUAUAGUUGCCGCAAUGUACGGUACAUUAUACC